UGCACGAGGCAGAAAGUUCCAUAAGCCACAGAUAUUUUCUGAUAUCUAAGUGUUCUCACAUCUAAGUGCUAAGGGUUCAAGAAUGCUCAGUUUUGUGAAGAUAAACACGGUUUCACAUCUUAUUCAACAUAAAAUCAGAUCACCUACCUCCGUGUUUGGAGCAGCGGACUUGCUUUAGAAAACUUUGGAUGGGAUCCUGGUCCGUUGGGAACAUGGAUCUCGGACUUUAGUUUAGUUCUGGCUGUAACGUUACUGACACGCGGCAGCUUGACCAACUGAGCAUGAUGGUGAAAGAAGAAGAUAUAAAAGAGGAUGAAUAUGGUCAUAUGAUUUCAUGUCCAGAUGAAGAUGAAAAGCCCUUUGCAGAGCUUCACUGUAAAACUGAAACAGACGUCACAGAGUCCAAGGUUACUUACAAUGAAACACAACAGACAACCGCGGAGAUUGAAGUGAAGAUUGAAGAUGAUAAACAAGAACACGAUUAUCUGCUGGGAAGUGUGUCUGAACACCCAGAUGCAGCGCAACAGAAGAUCCAGGGACAGAACGAUGAACUCAACCUGCAACUCAAAGGAAGGCUGCACCAAUGCAUGGUCUGCAGGAAGAGUUUCACGACCCUGAGAGAACUCAAGAAACACCAGCAAACACACUCUGUUAGUGUGAAUAAAAAAAAUCAGAACACUGGUAGCAAAAGGCGACAUGAAUGUGGCCAGUGUGGGAAAGCAUUCUUAAAGGAUUCAACUCUUAAAACCCAUAUUUUAACACACACGGGACAGAAGCCUCAUCAAUGCAUCCAGUGUGGAAAAUCUUAUUCACGCGUUUGGUGUCUUAAAACCCACAUGCUAAAACACACUGGUGAGAAGCCUUAUAAAUGUGACCAAUGUGGAAAAGCUUUUACAUCAUCCAGAAAUCUUAGACUGCACAUGCUCACACACUCUGGAGAAAAGCCUCAUAAAUGUGACCAAUGUGGAAGAAGUUUUUCAAAGAGAUCAAGUCUUAAUUCCCAUAUGAAGACGCACACUGGAGAGAAGCCUCACAUAUGUGAGACACUGUUGAAGUACUUUGGAGCACAUCUCUACAACUACCUAACUCUUUAUAACCAUGGUAGCAAAAGGCGACAUGAAUGUGCCCAGUGUGGAAAAGCAUUCUCAAAAGUUUCAACUCUUAAAACCCACAUUUUAACUCACACAGGAAAGAAGCGUCAUAAAUGCAUCCAGUGUGAAAAAUCGUAUUCCUGUACUUGGCGUCUUAAAACCCACAUGCUAAUACACACUGGUGAGGAGCCUUAUAAAUGUGACCAAUGUGGAAAAGCGUUUACAACAUCCACAGAUCUUAGACUGCACAUGCUCACACACUCUGGAGAAAAGCCUCAUAAAUGUGACCAAUGUGGGAGAACAUUUUCACACCGAUCAAAUCUUAAUAUCCAUAUGAUGACGCAAACUGGAGAAAAGCCUCAUAAAUGUGACCAAUGUGGAAGAACCUUUUCAAAGAGAUCAAAUCUUAAUAUCCAUAUGAUGACGCACACUGGAGAGAAGCCUCACAUAUGUGCCCAGUGUGGAAAAGGUUUUGCACUAAUUCCAUAUCUUAAAACCCAUAUGCUAGUACACACUGGAGAGAAACCCCAUGUAUGUGUCCAGUGUGGAAAAGCGUUUUCACAAAUUGCACAUCUUAAAACCCACAUGCUAAUACACACUAGAGCAGUGGUUCUCAACCUUUUUUGA